CUACCGUUAGGCGCAAUGACAACUGUAAAUUAGACGCUGACAUCAAAUUGGAUUUUUAUUGCUCGCCUGCAGCUGUUUUCGUAGAAUAAAAAUGCUUAUUUGGCGCUCAAAUUGCUUGAGGUCAUAAAAAUUGUCGAUAGAAAAUGAAAAUAUUGAGACUCAAUGUGUAUAGACUAAAGAUUGAAGCAGGAAACUUGAAAUAUGUUCUAAAUUAGAAUUAGAAUUUCGACUUGAAAUUGCUUUUUCACAUUUCGAACUCGAAUAUUUCGAAUAUUUUUUCUACAUAUUUCCUCAUAAUAAACCUUAGAUUCUAAAUCUAGCUGAGUGUCGUGGCUGCAUUUGCUGUCUUUAUCGCAUUUUUUCUAUGAAAUUCUGUCAUAAAAUCACAAUGAUAAUACGUCAAUAAUUGCGUCGCUGCGCUUUGUUGGACUUGCACGCCUUAUCUUAUCGCGAGCGCACAUACAGCCGCGAGCCCUGUUUAUAGUACCUGUGCGGAGUGAAGACGUCUCAAUUGGGUUGCUACACAGCUUGAGUCCGCUACACCAUAUAUAUCUAUAUCUAUGUGUAAUUUAGUGCUUUUCGUUGUGCGUGCGUGUGUGUGUUUGUUGUUUACGCGCUCAUUUUGAUAUCGUCUGCAUUGCUUGCUUGUCUGUUUGUCAGGUUGUACGAGUGUUCUAGCGCGCUCGCAACGCGCUAUCAGUCAGUCAGCGUUUGCUUAACCUUACCUCUUAUCAGCGCACUGUCUCAUACCUUAGGUUUUACACAACAACAACAACAAACACACACACACCCAUAUUUUUUUAUUUUAUUGCUUUAAGAGUCGCAGCUACAUAUUUACUUGCCGCGUUAUCCUAAGUACCAAUAUUUGCUUAAUUGUUUUGUAAAUUGUCUGGCAAUGUACACAUUUUGUUUAGCUAUUCGCUUCGGCGUAUUUGUCUGUCAGCGUAUCGGUCGCGCUCAUUUGUUUAUUGCAAACAAAAGACUUUGAAAACGAACUUCAAGUGCAUGCACUCGCGCGCUCGUUCGCUCGCUGCUUAUCAACGGCAUCUACGCGGCGCUUUGCCUGCUAUAUGUGUUUGUUUGUGUGUCUUUAUUAGUUGGCAAUGAGUCCGUCUGAUUUAUCUAUAUUUUUUAGAAUUUCUCAUCUUAAGUGUAAUUGUGUUUCAAUUUAGUUUUUUGGUUUUUCGUAGAACAGCAGUGUUUUAAAGUUCAACGUCAGCACAACGUCAGAAUGUUUCGACUGUUGACACAGCUGCUUUGUGCUUUAAUUUUUAUUAUUAAUGUUGCUGUUGCUGUUUGUGUGCCGCGUUGUUGUUAUUUUUAUUUUCAUUGUUUAUUGUUGUUGUUGUUGCUCUGACUGUUUCAAUUGCGCCCCGCGCCACACUCUCGCUUUUCCAAUUCAUAUCAAUCCAAUUGUCGGCGCUGCCAACUCUGUCGCCUCACCUAACGAAAUAUAUGCACAAACACACACGCAUACAAAUUGAUAUACAGACAGGCAGGCAUACAUCAGUGUAUUGUAUAAUUCAGCAAUUCAGUUGUUUUCAAUUCAGUUCAGUUGAGUUCAGUUCAUCAUUCCGCUGAGUGUUCACUCAUCAUUAUCGGGCGUAUGGUUUGCUGUGGUGUGGUCAGGCCGCUGUGUGCUGUUUUUUUGCUGUUUGUUGUCUCCAUUGUUGUUGUUGUUGUUGUUGUUGCUCCACUAUAAAUUGUAAUGUGCACAAAUUAAUUCAGCGUCACAGGCGACCGACAAACAUCGAGAGCGCUCAGGCGGCCAACAAAAAAACUUGCGGUUUUGUUCUGAUUUCAAUAUCAAUUCGAGGCGGUAGUUAGUCGCCUGCUAACGGCGCGCGCUGUCCCGCCGUUCGUCAUGCACAUCCACUUUUAUUCAUAUCAUCGUAUCGUUUUCGAAUCGCUCUAAUGCAAACCGAAAAAAAUAAAAAUUAUAAAAAUUAACUCUAAUCACCAAAACACCCUCGAUAUAGAGUAAUACAAUUGAAAUUGCCCGCAAAAAGUUUGCACAGAACACUAGAGCAAUUCAACGCUCACAGGCAACUAAGGAACUACGUGUAUAAACUUAUUUAUAAUAUUUAAAAGCAUGAAAGCAUAAACAUUAGUAUAUUUGGUGUUGGUUUUAAACUAUUAAAGGCUUGACUGAAGUGAAAAUUAAAAAAAAAAAUAUAUUUUAAAUAAUUAACUAACAAAUAUACGCAGUGAGAGGACCGCUAGUGGAGUUUUAACACAUUGCUUAAUCCCUAAUUAUCAUAUUACCCCACUAAGAACACUUUUACCAGCAUAUAAAUGAGUGAAGAUUGGGCAUAGUGCUUUUGGUGACGGUGCCUAUAAAUAAAGAAAUAAAAAUUAAUUAAUUUUGCUAAAAAUUCUAAAUUCUCUCAAAAAAAUCAACAUAAAAUGGUGCGCAGUCGCCGCUCGUUGUCCAAAGAAGAUGGUACAUCGUUGCUUACCGACAGCGGUGUUUCGCUUUCGUCGCCACCCGCUGCGCGUACAGAGCACGGCGAUGGCGAGGACGCGCAGGACUUGCAUGCAGUGACCAACAAAAAAACAGUACGACGGCGCGUCGGUGGCACGAAAGCGACAAAAAGAGUACGGAAGGUCAAAUCUGUGUCCACGGAAGCUACGACAGUGUCAAAGAAACAGAAAAUUGGUUAUUCAGCGGAUUCAGCAGUUAGCGAAAGUAAUUCAGCGCAGUUGGAAGAUCACUUACCGGCCGUGGAAGCGCAAUUGCUGCAUGCGGAGACUAAUUCAGCGCCUAAAAAUGAGUCAUCCACCACUUCGUCGGUUGAAUUGGUUGUUGCAGCGGAAGCUGCAAGUACAGAUGCAGCGCAGUCUACAGUUAAUGAGACACAGGAAGCAAACGAUCUAACGAGUAUACCAAAUUUGAGCGCUGAGACUGUCAAUCCAGCUUUUAUUGUAAUACCAGCUGCUGGCACUACGGUCGACUCGUUUAAUACAGUGGAUAUAACUGAAAAACCCAUACUUGUUGUAACGACCAUUUUGGAGACCUCCAUUUCGGUGGCUGACUCUGCUUUUUCCGAGACAGACGUUACACAAUCGGCAGCCGAUUUGUCGGAUAUCACCCAUUCAGCGAAUGACUCUGCAAAUUCUAUUGGCGAUUCAGCCUCUGCUUCCGAUGCGACGCUAACACCAGCCGCCAAUAAGCGCUCGGGCAAAGUGUUCAUGCGUAAGGUGCACAUUUGCCACAUUUGUUCGAAGCAAUUUCGUGGCAAUAACGAUCUGCGUCGCCACAUGCUCAUCCAUUCGGACGAGCGCCCGUAUAAGUGCGAGCAAUGUGGCAACUGCUACCGGCAAGCGGUUAACCUCAGGAAUCACAUCAACUGCGCCCACACGAAUCAACGGCAGUUCGCUUGCGAGCAAUGCCCGAAAAUGUUUGCGGUGAAGGAGCGUCUGCGGCUCCACAUGCGACUGCACUCGGGCGAGAAACCCUACGCUUGUCCGGAGUGUGAUAAACGCUUUGCACGCGGCGGACAUUUGAAGCAGCACAUCAUUAGCCAUCACAAGGGCAGCACCAAACAGUAUGUGUGUGAGAAGUGCUCCACCGCCUUUUCAACGCCCUCCAACUUGCGCGCCCACAUGGAUCGCCAUGAGAAUGGACCCGAACACUAUUGUGAGAUCUGUAAGGAGCACUUUCCCAACGAACCGGUACUCAAGGCGCACAUUAAUAAACUCCACUACAAGCUGGGCCAGUUCGACUGCGACAUCUGCAAGGAGACCAUCGAAGAUGAUGCGCUGGCCAAUCACAUGAAGACCCACACGAAUGUGAAGACACAUGUUUGCGAGGUGUGCAAGUCGUAUUUCAUGCAGAAGUCCCAGUACAAUGUGCAUAUGCGCAUGCACACUGGUGAGCGCCCCUAUCAGUGUAGGAUUUGCUGGCAAACUUACGCCUACUCCAGUGUCCUAAAGCUGCACAUACGCAAGCACACUGGCGAGAAACCAUUCCAAUGCUUGAUUUGUACGGACGUGGUCGCCUUCUCGCAGUUGGCUCACCUCAAGACACACAUGAAGAAAAUCCAUAAGCAGACGAAUCCCUACAUGUGCGAAGGCUGCCACCAGUUCUUCAAAAUCAAAGCGGAGCUUCAAGCGCAUAUGCAACAGUGCGACAGCUGCAAUGUCGACGUGGAGGAGGAGAAUGCCAAAAACAGUGACUUGCAAACACUGUCGCACCUACGCUUUCUUAUGGCAUUACUGCUGAAGAAAAUCUCUUCGCAGCAAAAGCUGCAGAAAUUGGGCUACGAAAAGCGACUUAUCGACAAUGUUGUCGUCGCCUCACUGAAGCUUGCCAAUCGCAAAGCGUGCGAGGAUCAAUCGCUGACGGCAAUCGAACGUAUGCGUCGUAAUGUUGAAGAAUUCCUGAAUUGGAUUGUGCCGGCAAAGGCAAUGGAGACAUUUCGUCAAGAGCAACAAUCCGUGGAGAAUAUAUUGGAUAAAAUAGUCACCAUGUAUAUGAAGCACAAGUGAUGGUGCAGAGCAGCGCAAAGAGUAACAAAUGGCUGAUUUUUUCAUUAAUAUUUAUUACUUUAGAAUGUGCCAUAACAUUUAGCAUUGUCUGUAUCUAUCGGUGCAUCGCAAGUCAGCACUUAAGCUAUGAAUUUUCUGCAUUUUAGUUUUUAUUUCUUAGUAUUACAUGCGGUUCACUUGUGUACCGUUUUUUUUAGUUUUUUUCUCAGAUUCAUUUGCACUUCUGUUUACCAAAAAUACCAAAAAAGCAAUCCAAAGAUAUUUUUGCCAAAAGCUUGCUUAAACAAGCAAUAAUUUUUAAGUUCUCUUUAAGUUACCGCACCACCAAAGCAUUUACUAUUCGCUUAUAUGAAUUAUUCACAUUUUGCUUUUUACUUCCAUUAUAUUUUUAUUGAAUUCUAUCGCAUAUCAUCUAGCUCCCGCUUGUUUUUCUUCUUCAGAAAAUCGGCUAGUCAUAUCCGCAUAGUUUUCAAUUGAUUUUAUUUUAUGUUAUGCUAACAACUCUUGCCAUAUGUAGUUUUAGUCUAUUGCAUUAUAAAUUUGUUAUCAAAUUAUUACUUGCAUAAAUGAAUGAAUUAAUAAAAAAUGAAGCCAAAGUUCACGUUGAGUGAAAAAUUAGA